UGCUGCCGCCGCGGCCCGGCCGAGCCGAGCGAACGAGCGCCGCGCGCAGAGCACACGCUCGCACUCCAACUCCCCUCCCUGGCGGUUCAUGACCGCGCGCUCUGAGCGCAGCGCCGCCGCCCCCGCCGCCCCGCCGCCCGGCCGCCGCGAGGGCCCCCGAGGGAAGGAAGGCAGGAAGGCAGGCGCAGCCGCACGCCCCGCGGAAUCCGCGUCCCCCGCCCGCAGCCGGCUGCCCGGCCCGGCUGGCACCAUGCUGCCCGCGCGCUGCGCCCGCCUGCUCACGCCCCACUUGCUGCUCGUGUUGGUGCAGCUGUCCCUAGUACGCGGCCACCGCACCACGGGCCCCAGGUUCCUCAUAAGCGACCGUGACCCUCAGUGCAACCUCCACUGCUCCAGGACUCAGCCCAAACCCAUCUGUGCCUCCGACGGCAGGUCCUAUGAGUCCAUGUGUGAGUACCAACGAGCCAAGUGCAGAGACCCGAAUCUGGGUGUGGUGCAUCGUGGCAGAUGCAAAGACGCUGGCCAGAGCAAGUGUCGCCUGGAGCGGGCUCAGGCCCUGGAGCAAGCCAAGAAGCCCCAGGAGGCGGUGUUUGUCCCGGAGUGCAGCGAGGAUGGCUCCUUUACCCAGGUGCAGUGCCAUACUUACACAGGAUACUGCUGGUGUGUCACCACAGAUGGGAAGCCCAUCAGUGGCUCUUCUGUGCAGAAUAAAACUCCUGUAUGUUCAGGUUCAGUCACCGACAAGCCCUUGAGCCAGGGUAACUCAGGAAGGAAAGGUUUCUUCCUAGAAGGCCUGGGAGGAGUCUCUUUUCGAUUCUUUUUAACCCUCAAUUCAGAUGACGGGUCGAAGCCGACACCCACGAUGGAGACUCAGCCCGUGUUCGACGGAGAUGAAAUUACAGCUCCUACUCUGUGGAUUAAGCACUUGGUAAUCAAGGACUCCAAACUGAACAACACCAAUGUAAGGAAUUCAGAGAGAGUCCAUUCAUGUGACCAGGAGAGGCAGAGCGCCCUGGAAGAGGCCAGGCAGAAUCCCCGGGAGGGCAUUGUCAUCCCCGAGUGCGCCCCCGGGGGGCUCUACAAGCCUGUGCAAUGCCACCAGUCCACUGGCUACUGCUGGUGUGUGUUGGUGGACACGGGGCGCCCGCUGCCCGGGACCUCCACGCGCUACGUGAUGCCCAGUUGUGAGAGCGAUGCCAGGGCCAAGAGUGCGGAGGUGGACGAUCCCUUCAAGGACAGGGAGCUGCCAGGCUGUCCAGAAGGGAAGAAGAUGGAAUUUAUCACCAGCCUCCUGGAUGCUCUCACCACUGACAUGGUGCAGGCCAUUAACUCAGCAGCGCCUACUGGAGGUGGGAGGUUUGCAGAACCGGACCCCAGCCACACCCUGGAGGAGCGAGUGGUGCACUGGUACUUCAGCCAGCUGGACAGCAACAGCAGCAACGACAUCAACAAGCGCGAGAUGAAGCCCUUCAAGCGCUACGUGAAGAAGAAAGCCAAGCCCAAGAAGUGCGCCCGGCGUUUCACUGACUACUGCGACCUGAACAAGGACAAGGUCAUCUCGCUGCCCGAGCUGAAGGGCUGCCUGGGUGUUAGCAAAGAAGGUGGUGGUCUCAGCAGCGCCCCCCAGGGAAAAUGAGCCGGUCCAAACCCAUUCAUAGGACGCCUCGUCUAAGGAGCAGAAAACCAAAGGGCAGGUGGAGAGACCAGGGAGGCAGGACGGACCACCCUACACCAAACCUUCCCCAGCUCCCCCGGCCCGGCCGCAUCCCGUGUGACAUAAGUGGUGCCCACCAUGUUUGCACUUUCAAUAACUCUGAUUUGUGUGUUUUCUUUUGGGUUUUAUUUUUAAACACCAGUAUCUAAUACCAGUGGGAAAAGGAAAGGGAAAAAGACUGUUUAUUCUCUCUCUUAUUGUAAGUUUUUGGAUUUGCUACUGACAACUUUGAGGGGUUUUGUUGUGGGGAGGGUGGGCGGGCGGGUGUUUGUUGUUGGGACUGAGAAGAAAGAGAUUUAUAUACUGUACAUAAAUAUAUAUGUAAAUUGUAUAGUUCUUUUGUACAGGCGUUGGCAUUGCUGUUUGUUCAUUCCCCUCCCUCUUCCUGCCCUCCUUGUGGGGGCUGUGGACACAUGGCCCCAAUUUCUAGACCCCAGGACUGUAUCCCCAGCCCACCUGGAUUCCAUUUGGAGGCCAACCCCUAUGUGUAGACUCUGUUGGUUCUUUUCUCGGGGGAGGAGGGUCCUGCCCUUGCUUUAGCUGUCAGAUCUGGCAGGUCACUGGGCACUUGGCCUUCUCAAGGGAGGUUGGGUUGGGGGACAGAUGGAGAUGCCCCCUGGAGGGAGGGCAUUAUCCAGCCCAGGCACCCGUUCUCACAUCCCCACAUGGUCUUACUCUCCGGACCCUCAGGCGGCCCAGAAGAGAAUCCAUCCGUGGGUAUGCCAGGAUCCUCGUGACCCACUGAGCAAAUGAUCCCCAGAUGAUUUGCAUUAGGUCCUUUGAAACAUUUUUGCCCGUGUUAGUGUCUACUCUGUAAAGCACGAGAAGGGAGGCAAAGAAGAAAAAGAGACAGUGGGUCCUUCUGUUUGGUAGAUGUUUGAUGUUUAAGCCAUGGAGGAAAGAGGACAGAGGCCAGCACUGAUGAGUGCGCUGCCAGCCCCCUGCAAACGCACAAGCAAGGCUUCCUAAGACUGGCUCUCUCAGCAGUGGGGUCAGACGGGGUCUUCAUCUCCACUCUGUAUCUCGCAGGCCAUUCUGUCCUCAGUGGUGAUGACAAGCCUGAGGGAGGAGCUCAACUGGUCAUCUUGUUGGUGACUCAGUGGUUUGUUUUUUAACCCAAUACUGAGAUUUUUCCUUCUCCCUCAAAUGCUCCUAAGGGCUUCUAGGCUCAAGGCCAAUUCCAGAGCAAAACUGAUCCUGGGCCUUCAACUUCUGCCCCCCUUGGAAGUGUAGGGCUAAUAACCCAGCUAGGGGGAAAUCCAGGCCUCACCUUCCACAGACAUGUUUCUGGGAUUCCACAGCAGCCUGACCAGCCUUCCUCUGCCCGGUGGCCGUGCCCAUUCAGACAGCCAUUAGACAGCAACAAGUGACACUGAGUGUCUCUUCCCAUGAGCAGCCGUGGCAGCAUCGAAGGAGGACAGGUGGCCCAGGACCGGUGCCCCUAGCAGAUUGGUCCUGGAACUCUGGCCUCAUCUUGUAUCCCACCCAGCAUUCACAUAAGUGCACCCACCUCAGCAGACAGUGUAUCCAUUUCCGGUCUGGAAGGCAUUGGCACCAGAAGCACGGGCCCACUCAAGGUUCUCCUCAGGGAGUGCCCAGGGUGGAGUUGGGGGUCAGCACACCCUCCUCAGGACAUGCUCUGGUGGGGCCUCAUGCUAGAGAAGGUUCUUGAGCAAGUCCGAGAGGUUGUCUCAGGGGUGACUGGAGGCCCCAUCCCAACUUGGUAAGGAGGAAAGGGAGCUCCUCCCCCAACCCUCGCCCCCAGCAUUGGCCUGGACAGAUGACACAGCGCGCUAGAGCAGGAUGGACCUUCCAGAGGCCCCAGCCCCUUUCCCGGGGCCUGGAGGAAGCAUGAAAACACAGAGAGGGCGCCCCCCUGUGGAAAUUCAGAACCCCUCCUCCCCAACCCUGGAUCUUCUCUCUCACACUUGUGGGCUGUGUUGUGUGGCUUGCCUUUGUGAGGACAGAGGGAGGUAUUUGUAGCUUGUUUUAUAAAAAAUAAAAAUGAGUAAA